UCUCGUUCUCUGCUUCCCCCAUCCGUCCUGCGCUUCGCAACCGCUGCCCGCUUUCGCCCGACGUCCAGAGCUGCUUGUUGUUUUUAGCGUUGCUUUUGUUUGGUCUUUCUGCGUGCUGUGAUUUCUCGUAAUGGCUUCCCAAGAGCCAUGGCACCCAUCCGCGCAGGAUAGUGCUCAAGGCCCGCCUCAGUCCCUUCCUCCUCCUCCCCACCGGCCCUCGUUCGGCUCGCAGCAGUCCGGCCACCCUGUACUCCCUCCUCCGGCUGCCCUUGGCGCAGGUGGGAAUAGAAACCAAGGCUACUACACAUCUCUUCCAUCGAUUUCUGGCCUGGGGGCGUCCACUCCGCAGCACGGAAGCUUCAAUCUGCCCUCAAUGUCCGGCACGCCGUCACCGCAGCUGAAUCACGCCAACCAGUCGCCCUCGGUUGCCCCGAACCAGCUUCCAUCUCUUAGCUCCUCAGUUGUUCAGGGCCAGAAACUCACCUCGGGCUCGCCGCCGUCUACUGCUGCCUCUCUUGCGCCGCCUCCCUUGGGCCAGCCGCAGGGUCAGCAGUCACAGCAGCAACAGCAGCAGCAACCCGGGCAACAUCCUCUCGGAGGAGGACCUGGUUUGGGACUUGGUCCUUCCAGCGCUUCUGCUGCAUCACAGAUUGCUGCUGCUUCUUAUCGCCCGUUGAACGUGAAGGAUGCUCUCUCGUAUCUUGAUCAGGUCAAGGUCCAGUUCCAGAAUCAGCCAGAUGUCUACAACCGGUUCCUCGAUAUCAUGAAGGAUUUUAAGAGCCAGAGUAUCGACACCCCCGGCGUUAUCGACCGAGUCUCCACGCUCUUCAGCGGCCACCCCAAUCUAAUCCAGGGAUUCAACACAUUUCUUCCUCCCGGCUACAGAAUCGAAUGCUCGCUUGAUCCUAGCGACCCGAACCCGAUCCGAGUCACUACGCCCAUGGGGACGACCACUCGUCCUGACGGUCAAGUACCCGUCUACGACCAGCGAGGCGGGUGGCCUCCAGAACCCUACCCUUACCAGGCCGAGCCGCAUGCGCAGAGUGGUAACUCUAUGUCACAGCUCCAGGCUGUCGCGAAUGGCUCGCGUCAGACUGCUGCGCAGCAGGCAGAGCAGAAGCGGGUUGGCGGCCCGGUCGAGUUCAAUCAUGCAAUCAGCUAUGUUAACAAGAUCAAAAACCGAUUCGCUUCGCAACCCGACAUUUACAAGAACUUCCUCGAGAUCCUGCAGACCUACCAGCGCGAGCAGAAGCCUAUCGCAGAUGUGUAUGCUCAAGUUACGAUGUUGUUUAAGGACGCGCCGGAUCUGCUGGACGAUUUCAAGCAGUUCUUGCCCGAAGCCGCGCACCAGCGAACCGGCAACUCCCCGGAACCAGUAGCUGCUUACCCUGCUUCGACACGGCUGCCACCUGUUGGCCACUUUGCUCCGCCGACGGUGCCCAAGGAAAAGAAGAAGCGCACGUCGUCUGCUGUCGAGCAGAGCGGCAUCGCGCCUGGCCAGGCCAUGCAGCAGAUGGAGCUGCCCGCGGUCUCUGGCAUGCGCGGCACCGGUGGGAAGAAGAUGAAGCUUACUCCAAAGCCUGAUGGAACUGCCCAUGCCCUGAGUCCUACCCUUACCCCGAUGAUUCCCGAGCCGCUCCCGCCCCCAAUCAAGGCAGGUCCUACUGCAGAGGAGCUGGCCUUCUUUGACCGCGUCAAGAAGUAUAUCGGCAACAAGCAGACUUAUAAUGAGUUCUUGAAGCUACUGAACUUGUUUUCUCAAGAUAUCAUUGAUAAGAAUCUGCUGGUCGAGAAGGCUGAGGCGUUCAUCGGCGGAAAUAAGGAUCUUAUCGAAUGGUUCAAGAAGUGCGUUGGAUAUGACAAUGGUCCUCUCUCGAUCGAGAACGUUGCGUUCAAGAAGCACCAACUUGAGCUCUCGCUGUGCAAGUCGUACGGCCCAAGCUACCGGUUAUUGCCCAAGUCUGAGACUCACCAGCCAUGCUCCGGCCGUGAUGAAAUGUGCUGGGAGGUUCUCAACGAUGAAUGGGUCAGCCAUCCGACCUGGGCGUCGGAAGAUUCAGGAUUCGUUGCGCACCGGAAAAACCAAUUUGAGGAGGUCUUGCACCGGAUAGAGGAGGAGCGACAUGAGUACGAUCACAACGUCGAAGGCAAUCUUCGCACGAUCCAGAUCCUGGAGCCGAUUGCGAAUCGGAUCUCCAACAUGUCGGCUGAGGAGAAGGCUUCGUUCAGACUGGCUCCCGGACUUGGACAUUCCUCAAAGUCGAUUUACCAGCGAAUUAUCAAAAAGGUGUAUGAUCGAGAGCGUGGUCAGGAGGUCAUUGAUGCGCUCCAUGAGAAUCCUGCUGUCGCGGUGCCGAUUGUGCUCAAGCGUCUGAAACAGAAAGACGAAGAGUGGAAGCGGGCGCAGCGAGAGUGGAACAAAGUUUGGCGUGAGACUGAGGCGCGUGUGUUUUACAAGUCUCUGGAUCACCAGGGUCUUGCGUUCAAGCAGGCUGACAAGAAGACUUUGACCACAAAAUUUUUGGUCAGCGAAAUCGAUACUGUCAAGAAGGAGCAGACCAAUAAGCGACUAAACCCACUCACGCCUACGCCCAAGUCGCAGCUCAACUACAACUUUGACUCGCUCGAUGUUAUCCAUGACGUUUUGCAUCUCCUCUCUGUUCAUCUCGAGCACUCUACAACGUUCUCAAGCAACGAUCGCGAAAAGAUGGAUGGCUUCUUGAAGACUUUCAUCCCGCUGUUUUUCGGGUUCACGUACCAGGAUGGAUCCGAAGAUGUUGGCGAGAGCCAGGCUAAUUCUGAGACUGAAGAAUUGGCCGAAAACGGCUCACCGACUCCGUCUACGGUCACGAAUGGCAAGCGAGCCAAGUCCGCACGUGACAGUGACUUGCUGCGUGAUGUGCUCAAAAAGUCAAAGAACAACCGCAAGCGCGAGAAGGAUAGCCAAAGUCGUGAGGCCACUCCAGAUGUUUCGGACGAGACUCCAAAGCCCGAGACUGCUCCUGCUGACGACGGACCGCAGUUGCCGGAAGCUGUUGAGAAGGCUGGCGAGAUUUGGAUUGCGCACGUUGCAAAGAAGGGAGAGCCGCAGAUUGGCGAGACGCCUACAUCAGACGGCCGACGAGUGAAGUAUAACUUGUUUGCAAACACGACAAUCUACUGCUUCUUCCGGCUGUUCCAGGUGCUGUACAGUAGAUUGGAAGAGGUCAAAAAGCUCGAGGCCGAAGUCGCACAUGAUAUUGCAAACAGAAAACCCGUGCAGUUUGCAAAGGAGCUAGGAAUCAUCUCAUCCAAGAUCCAAGACAUGGGUCUGGCUUUCCAACCCGAAAACUGCUAUGGUCAGUUGCUGGAGAUGUGUGAGAAGCUGAUCGAGGGCGAUCUCGAACACCAGUGGUUUGAAGAGUCGCUGCGUCAGGCCUACCGGAAUCGUGCAUUCAAGGUGUACACGGUUGAUAAGGUGGUACAGGCGAUUGCGAAGCAUGCGCAUACAAUCAUCUCAGACACAAAGUGCUCGGAGAUUGUUUUGCUUUAUGAUCGCGACAGACAUAUGCCGAAGACUACUAACCGUGAUCAAAUCAUCUACCGGUUGCAGGUCGAGGCUAUCUUGGGUACCGACGAGAACAUCUUCCGGAUGGAAUACAACGAGAAAAUCAAGGGCAUGGCAAUCCAAAUGAUCACUCACGAGGAUUUGACCCUCAACGAUGCUAUUUCUGCUGAAGAAAAGUGGAAGUACUACUUGACGUCAUACAUCAUGUCUGCACCGACCGAAGGAGUACCAGCCGACCGGGUACGGAUGCCGUUCUUGCGUCGGAACCUGCCGAGCGAAGAUGCCGACGAAGAAGCCGAGGACGAAGAAGGCGAGAACGGAGACGCAGUGACGAACGCGAACCAGACGCAUUCCAAGGGCGCACUUCGGGUGCGCCUGUGCCAAAAGACGUACCGGUUGUUCUUUGAGGAGUUGUCUGAGGAUUUUUUUGUGCGGCACAAUUUGAAGCCUUACAAGAAGUCGUCGGCGAAGAUCGAUCAGCUUCCGGAGUCUACCGAGACCGAGAAUGAGAAUGAGACUGAAUCAUGAGUUGUUUGGAAGGGGAGGUGAAUGAUGUCUGUAUGAUGUUUCUUGUUGGAAGUCGAUAUACUGCUUCAUUCUGUAAUUGGUUGUAUCGUGCGGACUAGCUCGGAAAAAAGAGAUCGUUAUAGUUUUCAAUGGCGCAGAGGAAUAGUUUUAUCUUUGAUUAUUUUUUUUGUUAUUUUACUCCUACUUCAUUCGAUUUACUGCAGGAAAACUAGUGUGUAUUUGCGAGCAAAGCCGAGCUGAGUCUUGAGAAUCUGCGAUAUUUGUUUUCAUUUUCUCACCUUUUUUUUUUUCUUUUUAAUCUAUUGUUCGUUUAGUUUGUUUCUUUUGUUUGUUGUUCAUCAUUUGCGCUUUAUUUUGCCAAAGCUUUGCGUUUAUUUAGGCGGGAAGAUGUCUGUAUAUUUAGAUUGUGUAAUAUUCAAAAUAGCGGAAGUCUUUACUUAA